GACGUUUCUAGCAGCGUACGGCAGGGAGCCGUACUUCGUCGCAACGUGGUUUGUUUACUAUUUUCCAGCCGCUCUUGGAAGAACAACACAAAUGUAGACGCUUUUUCCAAGAAACAAAGCAUUUAAAUCAAGUCUGUGUCCCUGAAAGAAGAAAUGGGGAAGCCAAAAAGAAAAAGUGAUCUGAGCCGAGCCGAGCUGAUGAUGAUGACCAUCGCAGACGUGAUUAAGCAGCUGGUUGAAGCUCACGAAGAGGGAAAAGACAUUAACCUCAACAAGGUGAAGACUAAGACCUCAGCUAAAUAUGGUCUUGAAGCCCAGCCUAGAUUGGUGGACAUCAUUGCGGCUGUUCCACCGCAGUACCGCCGUGUUCUGGUCCCAAAACUCAAAGCCAAACCAAUUCGCACUGCCAGUGGGAUUGCUGUUGUUGCUGUGAUGUGCAAACCACAUCGAUGUCCUCACAUCAGCUUUACAGGAAACAUCUGUGUCUACUGUCCUGGUGGACCUGACUCAGAUUUUGAAUAUUCCACACAGUCUUACACAGGCUAUGAGCCAACGUCCAUGAGAGCGAUUCGAGCUCGUUACGACCCCUACCUUCAGACUAGACACCGAGUGGAGCAGCUGAAGCAGUUGGGUCACAGUGUCGAUAAGGUGGAGUUCAUCGUGAUGGGCGGGACCUUCAUGGCGCUACCCGAGGACUACAGAGAUUACUUCAUCAGGAACCUGCACGACGCGCUGUCAGGACACACCUCCAACAACGUGGCGGAGGCUGUCAGGUACUCGGAGCGCAGCAACACUAAAUGUGUGGGAAUCACCAUAGAGACGCGGCCGGACUAUUGCCUGAAGCGCCACCUCAGUGACAUGCUGAACUAUGGCUGCACCAGGCUGGAAAUCGGAGUUCAGAGUGUUUAUGAAGAUGUGGCUCGUGACACAAACAGAGGCCACACGGUGAGAGCCGUGUGCGAGUCUUUCCACCUCGCAAAGGACGCCGGGUUCAAAGUGGUCGCCCACAUGAUGCCCGACCUGCCAAAUGUGGGCAUGGAGAGGGACGUGGAGCAGUUUAUUGAGUUCUUCGAGAACCCGGCCUUCAGGCCCGACGGUCUGAAGCUCUACCCGACCCUGGUGAUCCGAGGCACGGGCCUGUACGAGCUGUGGAAGACGGGCCGCUACAAAAGCUACACGCCCAGCGCCCUGGUGGACCUGGUGGCUCGGAUCCUGGCGUUGGUGCCACCGUGGACACGAGUCUAUCGAGUACAGAGGGACAUUCCCAUGCCGCUGGUGAGCUCCGGGGUGGAGCACGGGAACCUCAGAGAGCUGGCUCUGGCCAGGAUGAAGGACAUGGGAACUCAGUGUCGAGAUGUGAGGACCCGAGAAGUGGGAAUCCAGGAGAUCCACCACAAAGUCAGACCUUACCAGGUGGAGCUGGUGAGGAGGGAUUACGUGGCCAAUGGUGGCUGGGAGACCUUCCUGUCCUACGAGGAUCCGGAACAGGACAUCCUGAUCGGCCUGCUCCGCCUGCGCCGCUGCUCUCCGCAGUCCUUUCGGCCGGAGCUGAAAGGGGGCGUGUCCAUCGUGCGAGAGCUCCACGUGUACGGCAGCGUGGUCCCGGUCAGCAGCCGAGACCCCAGCAAGUUUCAGCAUCAGGGGUUUGGGAUGAUGCUGAUGGAGGAGGCUGAGAGAAUCGCCAGAGAUGAACACGGUUCUGGAAAACUGGCUGUUAUUUCAGGUGUAGGGACAAGGAACUACUACAGGAAGAUGGGCUACGAGUUGGAAGGCCCAUAUAUGGUCAAAGAUCUCUACGCUCCCGGAAGUGACUGAGUCUGCAAAGUUUUAUCAUGGAUUCCCGCUUAUAUGCAACGGUAUUUAUCAAAAGGAUGUUACGGGGACAGGGUUCCUGCGCCGAAACCGUUUCGGCAUCAGAGGAGAUAAUGUCCAGGUCCUCGUGCAUCUGCUUUUAUCUCAAGCUGAGCGUGCAGAAGCUGCAACGCUCCCUCUUUUAUUUAGAUAAGAACAAACGCAGGAUGGUGUUCGAGAGGGAACAAAGCCGGGCUCGUUUGGUAGGAGAGGCUUUGAGUUUGGGAGGAAAACUUUUUUUUUUUUUUUUUUUUUUGGAGCAGCAAAAAGCAGUUAAAGACGUUCGGCUUGUGCCUUUUUGGACUUCAUGAAUCCACAUCUCUGCUGACAGUCCAGAUUCCUUUUAAUGUUGUUGAUGGACAGAAAAACCAUUACAGUCUCAAUAUUCACUUGUAUUUGGGAGUGGGUGAAUAAACGACAAAAAAAAUCUCCCUGGACAGCAGAAAUUAGGGAAAUAUGUUAUAAUUUUGAACUCCUACAUCAUCCUGGUUCUGUUUUCUUAUUUACUGUUGAGCUUUUUUUGUAUUUCUGUAAAUAAAAGGUGACUAAUAAAUUAGUUUACCUCCAAAAAAUA